AUGAGGCUCCCAAAGUUUCCGAUUCCGGCAAUGCAAUUUUUAACGUCUUUGACCUAUCUCUCGUCUCUAAGGAUAUUUGCUGAGGCUACUGGUAAUAAUCUUGACGACUGCAAAUGCCAGCCUUCUCAGCGAUGCUGGCCAGACUCUCACGCCUGGUCGCGGCUUAAUAAGACUACAAAUGGUGCCCUCCUAAAAACGGUUCCCCCAGGAAUUGUCUGUUAUCAGGGCCCUGCAUACGACAAGGAAGCCUGUGAAAAGAUCAGUGAGGAAUCCAAGUAUCAUACUUGGAUUACCCAAUCUCCUUUCAAUGUUAUGCAGCCCGGCUGGAAUGGAAAUCCAUGCCCUCCUACCGGCGGGGCCGAAGCAAAUGGAACCUGUAAUACACUUCUUGGGUCACCAGUCUACGUUAUCAAUGCUACCAACCCCAGCCAGGUUGAAGCUGGUGUAAAGUUUGCGAAAAAAUACAACAUUCGGUUGAUCGUCAAAAACACCGGUCAUGAAUUCCUCGGCCGAUCAUCCGGUGCACAUUCGCUGAGUAUCUGGACCCACUACAUGCGGGAUGCUGAUUUCACAGAAAGUUUCAAACCGAAAAAGUGCUCUAAAGCCAAAGCCCACUCGGCGGUCACGAUUGGCUCUGGUAUGCAGUGGAAAGAUUUGGUUCUUCUGGCCCACCCACAUGGCAAACUCGUUGUCACUGGAGGUAAUCCGACCGUUGGAUGUAUCGGAGGGUUCAUGCAAGGUGGGGGCCACUCGCCAAUCGGCAGUAAAUACGGCAUGGCUGUAGAUCAAGUCCUCGAAAUAAAUCUUGUCACGCCGUCGGGCCAAUAUAUAACAGCCAAUGAAUGCGAGAAUUCCGAAUACUUCUGGGCUUUGCGAGGUGGAGGUGGCGGCACCUUUGGCGUAGUCACAAGUGCAACGAUUAGAACAUAUCCGACACAGCCAAUAACAGUUCUUAGUCAAAACUUCACUCUUACGUCUGACGACACUGAUAUUUGGUGGGAUUGGAUGGCAUACGUUCAUUCUGACAUCCCUCGUAUUUCAGAGGCAGGUCUUAUGGGCUACUCUUUCAUUUUCGACAACGGGACUGGAAAAGUGGGUUGGGCUGCUGCUCUGACCAUGGUUAAUGGCACUGCUGAGGAAGCAUCAGACAUACUCAAACCACUUUACGCCAACCUUACCAAUGGCAAAUACAAAGAUCAUAUUAUCUACGACCAACAGACAUACACUUUCCCAGACUUCAUGACUUACUUUGUCAACUUUUUCCGUGCUGAACGGGCAGGAAGCACCGCAGUUCUACCUAGCCGCCUCCUCGAUGCUAGAGCUUUAACCGAAGACCCAACAUUUUUCGCUGCUACCUUGAAAAAGAUGUGGAGUCCCUAUGUUGGUGCUUACCUUGGCCAUAUUGUUGGAGGACCUGGAGUCGCGCAGUACAAAAACGUUGACAUGGCGCUGAACCCCGCCUGGAGGCGAACAUAUAAUCAUUUCAUUGCCGCAACUGGCUGGGAUACACCAGACCUUCGAGAUGCCGUGGUUGACCACGCACGUAAUGUGCUCGAAUAUAACCUUCGAAAACUUGCCCCAGAAACAGGACAAUAUCUCAACGAGGCACUGUAUGGAAGCGAGGGAUGGCAAGCCGCCAACUGGGGCUCCAACUACCCGCGCCUUUUUUCAUUCAAAAAUAAAAUUGACCCAAACGGUGUAUUGUAUUGUUUCAACUGCGUUGGCUCAGAGAAAUGGGUGGAAAGUGCGAAUGGGUCUCUGUGCCGUGCCUCUUGGGCUUAA